AUGAAAAAGCGUGACGAGAAUUCUCAACUCGAGAUGUUAAAAGGUGCAAAAUCAAUGGGUGUCGGAGCUACUACAAUUGCUUCAGCGAGAGCUGCUAUCAGUAUUGGAAACGUCUUUAGUUCCUCGAUUCAUUCCAUGGUGCGAAAUCCAUCAUUGGCUAAACAAUCAUUUGGUUAUGCCAUUUUGGGCUUUGCUCUAACCGAAGCUAUUGCAUCGUUUGCCCCAAUAAUGGCUUUUCUGAUCUCAUCCGUAUUCCGAGCGGCACACAAUCCCUGGUCAACGACGGGGUUUGACUCUGGUCACAUUGACGAUGAUGACAGGCUGUCAUUCAUGCACCGUUAUAAGGCUAAGGCUAUAAUAGUUGGAGUUGUUGAGAACCUUUAUUCUCUGGAUGUGCUUGUCCGCCUUCUCGAGUCUGUAGACUUGCUUCCUAAAGCCCCACCCUUUAAGGGGCUGCCUAUCUGUGAUCAACUUCUUGACUUUUGUUUGAGCCUUUUCUUUGCUUAUUCGGGCCUCAACACCGAAGUUCAUCCCGAGGCCGAGGUACGUAGUGACGUCUCUUGCUGGGCCUUUGAUAAGGAAUGUAUUCGGGCCUCAACACCGAAGUUCAUCCCGAGGCCGAGGUACGUAGUGACGUCUCUUGCUGGGCCUUUGAUAAGGAAUGGUCAGUUUGUUAGUCUUAAUCUAGUGACUGGCCUUGCUCCGAGCGAUAUUCGAAGAGCAAACUCCUGCAAACCAUUGGUGAAAACACCAAUUCAUGUACAUAAAAGUGGGAAAGGAAAAGCCCGGGUUUCUACCAUCCAAUCAAUCAAAAGAGAGACAGAAGUGGGAUUACUGGACAUCAGUAAGGAUGACACUCGAAUACAACCUUAUCCACCGAAACAAGAGGACGUCUUCUUUGACGCGGUGGAUGUCUUUCUUGAAAAAGUUGUUGCCAGAUUUAGGCAAUCGACCUUGAUAGUAUGUUUUCCAUUAGCUAUUGGCCUCACUAUUUGGUGGGCUGGAAUGCCUGAGUUUGUAAUUGAUUGGGUGCCUGAAUGCUGCCUAGAUCAUAAAUGGAUCAAGAUAUGGAAAGGGAUAAUGGAAAUAUCUAUCGUAUUACAACAAGGUGUUCUCGAUGAGAAUGGUACCAUAGGGGGCAUUCCCAUGACUGACCUGGUCAACUCAGAAUCAAGAGAAUACUUUGAAAGAACAACCUUCGAUCCCCUAGAUAUAAAGAAAAGACAUAACAGAAAGGUUACUAUUGCGGUACUCUUUGUUGCCUAUUUAGCAUUAGCCUUGAGUUGCGAAGAAGCAUUGCAGGUAGUAGCUCAUAUACCAGUCGAAGAGUUAAUGGUGUAG